UAAUUUGACAACAGCAUCAGUUACUGACAAACCAACAAACCCAAACAACCAAAUCAACAUGAAGUUCCUCAUUUGCUUGGCUCUCUGCAUUGCCGCCGCCCAGGCUGGUUACCUCGCCUCUCCAGUGGCCACCUAUGCCGCUGCUCCAGCCUAUGCCGCCACCUACUCCGCCGCUGCUCCUUUGGCCUACUCCGCUCCAGUGGCCACCUAUGCCGCUCCCGCCUACUCCACCUACUCUUCCUCGGUGUACAGAUCCCCGGUUUACACCGCUCCGGUGACCACCUAUGCCGCAGGACCCGCGUUCGCCGCCCCCAUCACCACCUACGCUGCUCCAUCUGUGGUCAGCUCUUUCCUGAAGAGGAAGUGAGCCGGACUUGACACCUUUAAUUGAUCCGACCAAACGAUUUGAUAAUUCUUUUGAAUAAAAUAUAAUAACGAAAAAAAGUAUUCGUAACAUUUCGAGGCGGAUUUGGAUGCACUACCCCCACCAGUUAAUUAAUAAUAAUUAUUGCUCGUCGCUACAUUUCUUAA